CUUCCCUCGCCGGGCUCGCGGGCCAAGGGGCCCUGUUCCAGCAAUGCCCUGGCUGGUGCACCUGGGCCCUCCUGCGGCGCAGCGCGCGCUGGCCCCGGGGGCGCUGCUCCAAGCCGCCGCGCGCAUUGUCCGGAGCAGCCCCGGAGCAGCAGCGGGGGGCCCGCCGUUCGUAGGCGGCCAGGUGCAGGCUGGCCCCGCUGGAGGCGAAGCUAGAGAGGCUCCGCACAAGAGGCAGCAUCGACGCAGCUUCCGACAGGGGUGCAGCUGGCUCGCCCUGGGCGGCCUGCGCCUGCCAAGCCCCCUCCGCCUGCUGCCCGCUGCUGCGCUGCUUGCCCCAGCCGAUCCCAGCCGCCGGGCCGGCUGCAGCGCGGCUCAGGCGGGUUAUCUGCCCCCGCACAAGGGCUUCGGCUACAAACAGCAGGUGCCAGAGGACGCCGAGUCCAGCCAUCUGCAGCCCCAGAUAACUCUGCAAGCAACUGCCGGCAACUUCCCCAGCAGCGGGAGCUCCGGGAAGGACACAAGUAGAUCCCCUGAAAAGGAAGUCACGGAUCCCAGUGAUGAAGAUGAGAAGAAACCCAACAAAUCCCAGCAGCUGAAAAAAGUUUUUAAAGAAUAUGGCGCUGUAGGAGUUUCAUUCCACGUUGGAAUUUCGUUAAUGUCUUUGGGAAUAUUCUACCUGGCUGUUUCAAGUGGUGUGGACAUGACUGCAGUUCUCCUAAAACUUGGAUUCAAUGAAGCAUUGGUGCAAUCCAAAGUGGCUGCUGGUACAAGCACAUUUGUGUUGGCCUACGCUAUUCACAAAGUGUUUGUUCCAGUCCGAAUCAGCAUUACCUUAGUUUCUGUGCCAUUUCUUGUCCGAUAUUUCCGUAAGAUUGGUUUCUUCAAACCGCCUGCCUCAAACCCAUGAUUUAAAAAAAGAUUUCAAGUGUCAUGUUCAUAUAGCUUUUUAAAGUGCUGUGCAACUGCAGUGACCCUAUUUGGACUCAUGUUAAUACUGAUCUCAUCUUGCAUUUUUGACUUGUCUUUUCAGGUAAAUGUUUCUUUCGGGAAAAUGUUGAUAUCCACUUUCGUUUCCUUCUCUUCCCUUGAGAACUUUGUUAAAAUGGUAUCUGAAAACUCCUGCAAGUGAUAACAUAAGCACUUACCUACCAAUGAAGAAACUGUUUAGAACAUAUAUCUUAGUAUCUUUUCAGCUCAGCCUUUUAGGCCUUACUUUUUUCUUGGUGAAACACACUUGCUACAGUGCAGCACUAGUUCAUAAUAGUGUAUUUCAGGAACUAAACUAAGGUUGAAUCCCCAUUUAAUUAUUCUCUGAAGCAUACUCUGUCCUAUCAUGUGACUGCCUCUGUUGAUACACCAACUCAGUGCUUAGUAUUUAUCUGCUGCCCAUUUAAAAUAAUUUGUUGCUCUGAAAAGACACUCUUGCCAUGCUGUACUUCCAUACUUCUAAGUUGUAUGGUUACUGAGCAUGACUUAAAAGCUCACUCUCCUGGUUGGCUAGCAGCUUGCCCUACUGGAAUCUUAUUUAUACUAGAGUGCUGUAGACUGAGUGAAAUCCUGACUCCCCUGUAGUCAAUGGAAGUUUUGUUACUGACUUAAGGGGACCACAAUUUCAGUCUGUGGGCAUGAUCCAAAGCCCAUUGAAGUCGGUGGCAAGACUUCGAUAGGCUUUGAUGUGGUGGAUCAGGCCCUGUAUUAGCAGACAUGUUUACAACUGGAAUCGAGCUAUAGCAGGUUCUCAACCCCUGCAGAAGAAGCUCAUAUACAUUCCUGAAGUCCAUAUGCUGUAAUUUUGCAGACUGUUGUGUGCACCAGCUAGUUACUUGAUUCUUAUAUUAAACUAACAAUUAAGACUUAAUAUGGGAAUGAUCUAUACUUUUAGGACUCUUUAUUGCUCACAUCAGAUACCAUUUUAAAGUGCUGUUUCCUUAGAUGUUUGAGUUGUCCAUUUGGCUUGCUGUUCACAACUCAAUAUGGCAUGUUUCUACAAACUGCUGCAAUGUCUAUACUUCAUCAAGCCAAGAAAUCUGCAGGUCUGAGCUACUUACUAUGGGAUGCAUAUUAACUAUUUUAAUGUGAACAGAAAAAAAGCUUAGUUCUGAUCUCUACAGUAAAUUCCAAACACUUACCAAUGUGCUACAUUGCUCUUGCAUUGCAGAAGCAUUACAGUGAAGUCAAGGGUAUGUCUGUGCAUACCGUGGAUCGAUGCUGCCGCGAUCGAUCCACUGGGGGUUGAUUUAGCAGGUCCAGUGAAGACCCGCUAAAUCAACCACGGAUCGCUCUCCCAUCGACUCCAGUACUCCACCCAGGGCCGGCUCCAGACCCCAGCGCGGCAAGCACGCGCAUGGGGCGGCCC